ACCUUCAUAUUUCUGCUUUUAUAUUGCUGUUAAACUCAGAAUUAAUGUAGAAACAAGGUACAGAUAAUGGCAAAAAUUUGUAAAUUAAUGGUGGCGGUGCUAAUCGAGAAGGGCAAAGGUAAAAAGAGAGUGGACGACAUUGUUGGGAGCAUGGCUAAAGAGAGUUUAGGGAGGGAGACCGACAGUGGAAGGGGAAGCCAGGGUUGCAUUCCAUUUGAAAUUGUGUGUUCUAUUUUUUUUUUUUUUUUUAAAUGUGCGUUCUAUCCACUAAUCAAACAAAACUGUUUCAAAUGAAAAGAUAAAUAUAAAUUAAUCAGAAAAUCAUAAGAGAAUCUGAGAUUUCAGUUUUAGCGUAUCUGUUGCGGCUCUAAGCCUUUUAACCCUUGGCUAAAGCAGUCGUUUACAAAAUAAAAUAUAUACUUGUUCAUCAAAGCAAACAAGGUGGCAACUUGCAAUUGGUUUGGUCCUUUAAUAGAUCUCACUGGAACGGAUUCACCAAGUAAUUUCUGUGGAAGGUAUUUUCUGAUUGUGUUAUAUGUGUAGUGCCGACUCAGCUUCAUUGUUAUGGUGUGAGGUGAACAGUCAGUAACAGACAGUACGGCGUCCACCGCCUUUCUCAAAAACAGUCCGCGAAAAAGAACAACGAACCCCCACCAUCUAUUCAUAUUUCAUUUUCAAUUUUCUCUCUUCCCAUUCACAUUUAUCUCACAAAACCCAAAUUCCAUUAGUGAUUCAGAACAAUGCAACCUCAAAUUCCUUUUACCAGCCCAAAUGACAUCAUCAUGGAAUAGGGCAAUUUUUUACGUCCUUUCUACCUCCUCCCAAUCGAUUUCUUACGUGGGUUUUGGGUUUUCGAAAAGGGUUUUCAUUGUUUUCUUCAAUAUCUCUUUACACUGAUAUAUUCUAUAUAUAUAAUAUUUAUAUGUUUGUAUAUUUUACGUUUCUUUGAUGAUGCGGAAACUGGCUGACAGAGAUAAAAGGAUUGUAGAGAACAUGAUGAGAGAUGGAGACUUGUUGAGUGAUGCCCCUUAUGUGCCUUAUUUUAGUCUUCAUCCUCAACAAAAGUCUCCUUUUGGUGGUCCUCUUGUGAGUAGAGUCUCUCUGCGAUCACCAGACCACUCAUCCUCUUCCAGUUCAUUCUCAAAUGGGUUUUGUUCACCCCAGUGCGUUUCGCCAUAUGCUGAAAGAGAAAACAGGGAUGCAGAGAACAUAAAGAAAGAUGGAGAGUUGUUUAAUGAUGCCCCUAAUGUGUCAUAUCUUGGUCUUCUCCGUCAACAAAAGCUUUCUUCCAGUGGUACUCCCGCCGGUAGAGCUUCUCUGCAAUCGCCAGAGCCUUCCCCUUCUUCGAGUUUAUUCCCAAAUGAGUUUUGCUCACCUGAGCAUGGUUCACUGUAUGCUAUUCCUUUAUCUGAGGAGGCUAAGUAUCGCACACUAGGUUCCCAGUACUGGAAUGAAACGUGUUUGGAUUCUAAGUCACCUAAUCAUGAUUCUUAUAAGAUCAAUAGGAGGUUGGUGGAUGAAAUGGGUUUGUCUCAAAGUUUCUGUGGAAUGAGUGUUAGGGAGGACCAAAAUGGUGGUGCUAAAAUGAAGGGAUUUGAGAUAGACUCGGAUGGAUUUGGGUUUGGCUCCGACGAAGGUUCUAUGGAUGGGAGCGUACAAUACAAUGUAAAAAAAUAUGGCUCAUAUAGGGGCUUCAACAAUGGGGCUUUUGGUAAUGAAGGUUUUCAAUCCUCUCCCCAGGGAGUUUCUUGCAGUACUUAUGAUGAUUUGAACUAUGCAUUCAAUGGAUUGCAAAGUGGAUUCGGAAAGGAUGCUCAUGAUUCAAUGAGCUCUUCUUUUGCUCAUAAUCAGUCCAAUGAUUUCUGUUUUGGCUCUGCUUGGUAUGAUAAUCAAAGUGAUUAUCUAUUGGGGAGGAGAAAGGAACAGGGAAGAAGUAGGAGCGAUUGGGGGAUUCAAUCGAAGAACCAAUUUAUUACUGGGCCUUGCCUUGAUGAUCCUCCUAGUUUACCCCCGCAUCCCAAAAUGGCUUCUAAUGGAGGCAGGGGUUUCAUGGAGUCAAUGGGUGCUCCUCAGUCGACGAAUCCCGUGUUGGAUUUGGAUGUUUAUCACCCACUGUAUAGAAGAAGUUUGAUGUUAAAAGAAAGGAUCAGAGCAAUCACAAACAAUGGGCUUUCUCAUUCUCUAAUGCCUGUGAAUGGUGCGGGAGAUGCGAAAACCUUUAGCUGUGAGGACAGUUUCAUAAUACAAGGAAAGGGUAAUCAUGCUUGCUACAAAGGACGUGAACCUUUAAGCAGUGACAAAAAGAAUUCCUUCAAUGAGACUUCUGUGCAAAACCUUCGUGGGAAAUGCAUUAAACUAGAUAGUGCCAUCCUCCAUGGAGGAAGUUGCGAAAAUGAUCAGAGGCUAAACAAUGAUAACCUGUUGCGACUGGUUCCAAGUAUUAAUUUCUUGAGUGAGGUACAGGGUAAUAUAUACUUAAUGGCACAGGAUCAGAAUGGUUGCCGGUGGUUACAAAAGAUUUUUGAUGAGGGAACAAGCCAAGAUGUUGAAAUAAUAUUUAACGGAAUAAUUUAUCAUGUUGUUGAACUUAUGUUGAAACCAUUCGCUAAUUAUGUCAUCCAGAAGUUCUUGGAUGUAUGCAAUGAAGAACAAAGGUUGCAGAUUGUGUUCAGGGUGACUGAAGAACAAGGACAGCUUGUUGAGAUUUGCUUGAACACAUAUGGCACACGAGCAGCGCAGAAGUUGAUUGAGACUCUCAAAACCAGGCAGCAGAUUUCACUUGUGGUAUCAUCCCUGAAACCUGGUUUUCUUGAUCUUGUCAAGGAUCAAAAUGGAAAUCAUGUAAUACAGCGUUGCUUGCAAUGCCUUAGCAAUGAAGAUAACAAGUUUAUUCUUGAUGCUGCUGCAAAGUUCUGUGUUGAAAUCGCAACUCAUCGACAUGGAUGCUGUGUUAUGCAACGUUGUAUUACACACUCCACUGGGAAACAUCGAGACAAAUUAAUAACUGAAAUUUCAAAAAAUUCACUUUUCCUUGCUCAAGAUCCUUUUGGAAAUUAUGUUGUGCAAUAUAUUAUAGAGCAAAAGAGCCCGUCUGCCAUUGUCAAUUUGCUUUCUCAAUUUAAAGGGCACUACGUACACCUCUCCAUGCAGAAAUUUAGCAGUCAUGUGGUUGAAAAGUGCCUUAAUCAUUUGGACGAGAGCCAGGAACAAAUUAUUCGUGAAUUGAUCUCAGUGUCACGCUUUGAACAGCUAUUGCAAGAUCCAUUUGCCAACUAUGUCAUUCAAUCUGCCCUGGCAGUCACUAAGGGUUCUCUUCAUUCUAUACUGGCUGAUGCAGUCCGACCCCAUGUGAUUUUACGUACCAAUCCAUACAGUAAGAGGAUUUUCUCAAGGAAUCUCCUGAAGAAAUAAUGUAAUACUGUGGCAACUAAAUGUAGAAUGUCAUCAGAAUUUGCUGCUGAUAUCCUGGUUCGAAAUUUCAAAACUCUCUGCAUGAGUCUGAAGAAUAGAAAUUGAAGUUUAGUUCUGUUUAUGAUGCAGGUAUGAACUUGUAUUAUUCUGUUAGUCCUGUUGUUGUCUUGUGUAUCAAACUUCAAAUGUAAUUUUGCACGGUCAGAAACUUGAUUAUCUGUUUCCAAGUUUUGUAAUACGUGAUACCAGGAUAUUUUUCUCCAUCAUGUUCCAUUGUUUCUCAAGUUGAAAAUGCACAGAAAUUUGUCUUUCA